ACAGGGGUGACAGGAUGUCAUCGUACCCCACGCCCACUUCUGUCACUCCGGGGAGCCUGGCCUCACGUGGGAGGAGCCUUUGGGAGGGACCACAAAGGCUCCAUAAAGGUGGGCUGGAGACCAAGCAGAGAGGGAGCUGACCCAGCCACCACCACCCCAGCACCUCCCAGCUCUGCAGCCAAGAUGCUCCGGCCUGCUGUGUACUCGCUGGUGUUCGUGCUGGCUCUGGCCACCAUCACCCAAGCCUCCUGGAAGCCCCGCUCCCAGCUUCAGGGUUCACCAUCGGAUCCAGCGGCCAUCAGGGGUCUGAAGCCACACUGGCCAGACCAGGUGGGCCCAGCCUCUCCCCACCGAAGGCAGCUAGGGGCCCAGGGUCUGCCAUCCCUCAUAGCAGACCUGUCCAAGAAGCAGGGGCCAUGGAUGGAGGAAGAGGAAGAAGCCUAUGGGUGGAUGGACUUCGGUCGUCGUAGUGCUGAGGAAACGGACCCGCAUCCCUAGAACCAAGCGGCAGAGCCCAGCCACCUCCCACCCUGCCCUAGCCCUCUCCUGUGCAAAACAAAUAAAAUGUAAACUAG